UGGCUUCUCUGACAACAAUGCAGCAGCCAGUAUGUCCUCCUUCUAACUUUAGAUUCUGCUGUGUUUUGAUAUUCUUCACAUGUCAACAUUACAAAUAAUUACUAAUAACCCUGCGUUGUUUAUCAAACUGAUCCCUCCAGUCCUUAUGUCUGAAUGUUUCUGCCUGCAGGAGGAGGAGGAGCGUGGGAAGCGUCAGGUCCUGGUCCUCGGUCUCGACGGGGCCGGGAAGAGCAGCAUGCUGAUGGGUUUGACCCCCGGGGAGUCGGCGGCUAAAAGAGGCCGCUGCCGGCCCACACGAGGCUUCAACUUCAUGAGCCUGAACGCCCCCGCCUGUCAGCUCGACUUCCUGGAGAUCGGGGGAGGGGAGGACCUGCGGAGGUACUGGUCUGACUACCUGAGGAGGACUCACGUUCUGGUUUACGUGGUGGACUCAUCGGACCGGAGCCGCCUCCCGUUAGCUAAAGAUGAACUUCACCGCCUGCUGACGGUGGAGCCUCAGCUGCCCGUGGUCGUCCUGGGAAACAAACAGGAUAAGCCGGACGCCGUGAGCGUGUCGGAGCUGCGUGAAGCUUUGUCUCUGGGCUCCGUGACGGAGACAAGAAAGCUGUUCCUCUUGGCCGCCCAGCUGGGCUCAGACGGCGCCCUGAGGAACUCCUGCCGGGGCCUGGACGCCUUCCAGGACGUCCUGCUCCAGCUCGUCUGAUCUCUACCCGGCUCACAGAGGAGGAGAGGAAUCCUCGUCUUCCUUUUGACUUAUUAAAGCUCUGCGUUACGUGAGGCGGAGGAGGAGGGGGCGGAGUCAGCGAGAUGGAGCAGCACCUCCUCGUCUGCCUCCUCGCACGUUUAUAACCACGUCAGUUUGGAAAUAGCAGCUUUUAAAAACUCUUACUCAGCGAUGAAGAGGAGGUGCAGAGCGAGGAGGACGAGGGAUUGUUCAACGACUCAGACUUUAUGUCGACCUGUGCGAGCGUGUAGAUGUGUUUAUAUUAGUCAGGUCAUAUUUGGGGUUUCCAGGUUGGAGUUCCAGGGGACUGAAAAAACGCACCACCUACGAGAAUCUACCGCCUGUGUGCUUGUGAGAUUCCUGCUGACUCCUACACGGAGGCUGAUCUGAGGUUUUGGGGGAUUUAAAGGGAUCUCCUGACUUUUAAAAAACAGUUUUAUUUUUAUUCUCACGACUCGGUCAGGCUCGUGUGAGAAAGUUUCGAUGCUUUUCAUGACUUUCUUUGAGAGUUUUUUAAGCUCCAUUGUUUGAAAUAAGUUUUGUGUUUUCGUUCUUAGCUGUGAUUUAAGUCGUAUUGUCAGAAGUUCACACGAGAGUUAGAGAGUGAACUGAAUGUUUACAAUGACUCACUUAUAUUAAUGUCCGUUAGCUUACCAUGCUAACGAAAAUGAUCUCCUGGUCAAAUGCUCCAUGUCCCUUUCCUCUUCUUGACAUUGUGUAUUU